AUGCCAGUUCCGUACGAGGAGAAGACGUUCCCCCCGCUGAAGGGGCUGCACAUCCGGCCUAUGAAUGACUCACGCCUGUGCGAGCGUAUCAAGGUACUGGAUGACUAUUGCUUCCCGGUGAAGUACACGGAGAGUUACUACAACGACUACGUCCGCCACAGCUUUCACGAGUUUAACCAACUAGCCUUCUACCACGAUAUUCUAGUCGGCUCCAUCACGUGCCGCCUAGAGAAGACCGCCACAGACGGCGAGUACGUCCUCUACAUCAUGACCAUUGGCGUUUUGGAGGCGUACCGCCACAUGUGCAUCGGCUCUCUGCUGCUACAGACGGUUCUGUCGGCCGUGCACAACGACACCCGCAACCGCAUCGUGGCGGUCACGCUGCACGUCCAGGUCGGAUCACCUGCGCUGGAGUUCUACCGACACUUCAACUUUGAGGAAGUGCAGCUGGUAGAGAACUACUACUCUGAUCUCGACGAGUGCAACGCCAUUCUGCUGCGCCGUGUCGUGCCGCAGCCGCACUUUGAAUACCACAAGAAGUCCAAGUAA